UCAGGAUUUUAGGGGUGCUUAGGUGGGGCAUGGCCAAAGACAGAUGGGGACCCCCUGCUCUCCAUUUGGGUUGGCUUUUCUGGCCGCUGCAGACCUCGAGGCUGAGUGGACUCCACCCGCAGGGCCCGGUCACCUUCGAGGACGUGGCCGUGUACUUCUCCCGGGAGGAGUGGACGCUCCUCACUCCCACCCAGAGGAGCCUGUACAGGGAGGUGAUGCUGGAGAACUUCGCGCUCACCGUCUCGCUGGGCCCCGAUGACCCGAUGACCCGCCUCUCUGCCUCUGUGCCCUGUCAUUGCCCCUUCCCUGUGCUCAGGCGUCUGUUCCUCGGCGUAGACGCAGCCUCCUCACAGAGCUCACUGUCACCGGCAGCUCGGGCCGCCGGAAGCCUGCUGCAGGGGCGUGAUGGGGAGGCCCCGCUCCCCGCACUGCCCCUCGCCCCUUUCUCUCCCAGACAGUCCCCAGCCGCCUCCUGGCCGUCUGUGCUCCUGGCCGUCUGCGUCCCACGCACACGGGGGUAGAAGUACACGGCCACAUGUCUCCUCUCUCUCCCAGCUGUUGGCACCUGACCUUGCUGUUUCAGGGUGUCCCCGGGGACUGGACGACGCGGAGGCCCCUCCGCAGGUGAAGAGCUGCAGAAUCCACCUGCCGGAGAAGCACCCUCGGCGUGGGGGG